GCAACGGUCCGCAUAUCGACUCACUAUUUGGUGUGACUGUACCAACGGACGCUACACAGGAGUCCGCAGCCGGCAUAGGUUCAGUUAGCAGCAGAACGCACAGCGAGAAGUACGACCAUGGCUGAUAUCUCGAACGAAGAACUUCGCAAGGAGAUCACCGCCAUCCUUAAGGAUGCCGACCUCACUGCAAUGUCUGCGAAAAAGGUCAGGCUACAGAUUGAGGGAAAACUGGACAUAGAUCUUACAGAAAGGAAGAAGGAAGUAGAUAGUCUAGUCAUGGAGUGUUUAAAAGAAAAGCAUGAUGGAGCAAAGAAAAAGAAGAAGACUGCCAGUGAAGAAUCUGAAGAUGGAGAGGAGGAGGAGGAAGGAUCAGAAGAAGAAGAAGAGGAGGAAGAGAAGAAGCCAGCCAAAAGAAGUCCCGCGAAAAAACCCAUAAGCAAGCGUAAAAAGGGAUCAUCUGACGACGAAGAAAGCGCUAGCGACGACGAUGCAAGUGAUGAGGAAUACAGUCCAAAGAAACCAAAGGCUACACCUAAGAAAGGUAAGCCUGGCAAAAAAGGCAAGAAGAAGGGUAGCGACAGCGACAGUGAUGAAGAUUGGGGCAAAAAUAAGAAAGCUCAAGGAGGUGGUGGUGGGAAGAAGGGUGGCGGUGCUGGUAAAGGUGGUUACACUCGUGCUAUCACACUCUCUCCCGAGCUUGCUGCUGUCGUUGGUGCGGAGCAGAUGGCUCGACACGAAGUCGUGAAGAAGAUCUGGAGCAUCAUUAAAGAAAGAGACCUUUAUGAUCCUAAGAAUAAGCAGUUCGCCAUCUGCGACGAUGAACUGUUGACAGUAAUUGGAGUAAAACGUUUCAGAACUUUCGGUAUGAUGAAAUACCUCAAAAAUCACUUUGUAGAUUAAAUCAUCCCUGAGCCACAAUCUCCGACAGGUUAUAAACUCUGUAUAACAUAUUCCAGGAUGCAAAGUGCAUCUUUCCAUCUUUCUCACACGAAACAUACAUAAAUACAUAUACAUACAAACACACACGACAUACUGCGACUUAAGACUUUAGCCAUGUUUACACCGUUCCGAUGCACUCUUGUUGUCCAUGGUAGUUGCUUCCUCUCGUGGAAUGUUCGCGAUGUAGCGUCUUAAGUUAUGGGCAUUAUUAAAAGCACGGGCACCACACAACAUUGCUGAAGGUAGCCAUGGUAUGAUGCGUAAUGCACAUGAUGACCCACGAGUACGAAUUCGUGUAAAUUCGAAGUAACGCCAGAACAAUACGAAAGGGAAGAAGCGGUACCAUGGACGGUUGAAUGAUUUCGCGCGCGCGCGUAAUGUGGAAAACAUUCAAAUGGCCGAUAGUCAGUAAGCUGGUUUUAAGUCUAUAUUCAGGAUUAAUGUUUUAUCGUUUGUCCGGUGGUUCUCGUGAACCACUCAUUCCCGCCAAGCAUGAAAACACGGUGUGCUACUGCGGCAGUGAAAUCGAAGCAACAAAUAUGCUCGGAAUUAUUUUUAUGUUGAUAUCUUUGUUUUUAUCAUGUGACACUCUUUCGAAGAAAUGAUUGGAAGGCACUUACUCAGUUACGAAUAUUUCUAGAAGACUGCAUUACAUUUUGCGUUCUACUUUACCUAAAUUUCGAUUAAACCCUGAACUGCCGCCAGACGAAUCACACAAUGUUCUCAUUCGUUUCGUUUUCACAUGAAUUCUAGGUAUAUUUCGGUAACGGAUUUGUAACAGAGAGAAAAAAAGGGGCAAGUGAUUUUGUCAACCAACGAGAGAGAAUAAAAUUAGAAAAAAAGUGCGGUAAAAAUAAAGAGAAAUACGAUGCGAAAAAAUCAAUAUUCUGUACCUCUUCUGUAUAAUAGCUACAUUAUACACUGAAAUUAUUACUAAGCGAAAUUUAAUUGUAUUAUCGUGUAAUUACUAAUUAUUGUCGUAAUUAUAGGUUUCUUGGUGUAAAAAAAUUGACCUAACUUUUAAGAUGUAAUGGUAAAGUGAUGUAUUCAGUGAAGGUACGAUGUAUGCAUAUUAAAAAAAAAAGUCACAGUAUGUGCAGUAAUUGCGCAACGUUGAAACUGUAGAGAAUAAGGAUAGGUUCACGGUGCGAGGUACGGAAUUGAUCCUGAUCGCGGAAGCCACCCCCAAGCCUCGAUGUGUAUGGAAACAAAAAAUAAAACAUUCGUGUAUUUUGAAUUUAAAUUAAUACGAACGCUGGCCUAACUUGACGAAGAGAGCCACGAGGAUGAAAUCCAUUACAAACAUUCGAUGAUAAAAUAUGAGGAUAAUAAGAAAAGAAAAAGACUACGCGGAGUAUGGGUAAAAACAAGACGCGUGUACACGGAAUGACAAAUUAUAAUAACAUGUUUGUUUUUUUUUAAGGAAA